AAACACUCAUUUCUUUGCUCUAAUGGCUCUUUCUUCUUCUAAAGUUUCAUCCUUUAAUGGAUUUUCUCUCUCACCCAUUUCUGAGAAUGGCUUUAAAAAGCUAAAUUUAUCAUCUUUUUGUAAUUUGAGAGUUGAUAAGAAAUGGGGAAGUGGAAAGUUUACGGUUUGUGCAGCAACAACGGUUCCUUUGACUGGUGUUAUAUUUGAACCGUUUGAAGAGGUUAAGAAGGAUUAUCUUGUUGUUCCAAUUGUUCCUCAAGUUUCUUUGGCGAGACAGAAUUUUGCUGAUGAAUGUGAAUCUGUUAUUAAUGAGCAGAUUAAUGUGGAAUACAAUGUUUCAUAUGUGUACCACUCCAUGUUUGCAUACUUUGAUAGGGACAACGUGGCUCUCAAGGGAUUUGCAAAGUUCUUCAAGGAAUCUAGUGAAGAAGAGAGAGAACAUGCAGAAAAGCUUAUGAAAUAUCAGAACAUUCGUGGUGGAAGAGUUGUACUUCACCCCAUCAAGAAUGUGCUGUCAGAAUUUGAGCAUGUCGAAAAAGGGGAUGCAUUGCAUGCAAUGGAAUUAGCUUUGUCUUUGGAGAAGUUAACAAAUGAGAAACUUCUGAAUGUGCAUAGUGUCGCAGACCGCAACAAUGAUCCUGAAAUGACACACUUCAUUGAAAGCGAGUUUUUGGCUGAACAGGUUGAAGCAAUUAAGAAGAUAUCAGAGUAUGUGUCUCAAUUGAGAAGGGUUGGAAAGGGUCAUGGUGUUUGGCACUUUGAUCAAAGACUUCUUCAUGAGGAACAUGCAGCUUGAUCAUGACUAGGCUUCUUUUCUAGUAGUAUCUGUUAACCACGUUUGAUCUUUUAUGAAGUGCUUGGUUGUUUUCUGUUAUAUCAUAUUUUUCCUAUGUACCAAGAUUGCAAAAUUUGGAGUAUUUUAGUUGCUAGUGUCACAUGCAAAAGGUUACAAGCCUUGUGUAGUAACAUCUGUUAACCACUUUUAGUAAUCUAAGUCUUCAAUAAAAAGAGGUUUUCAUGUUCACUAUGUUUGUACCACAACUACUGAGAUUUGUUAAAUAGCCGCAUAGCCGAAUUUGAAUUUGAACAAAUUUUUAUUCUUUGGUGAUAUGCUGUUUAAUAUAAAAUGUUGUCAAAUAGACUAUUGCGGCGCUAUAGUACUGUUGUGUAGUGGAAUUUGAACAAACUGCUCACUUAGCCGGCGCAAUAGCAUUGUUGCAAAGUAGAAUUUUAAUAAACUGUUACGGUACUGUUGUGUAGCGGAAUUUGAAC